UUAAGAAAAUUGGAAAACGAACCUUUAUUCUUCACGUCCAGGAUUACGCCCCGGAUCAUUAGAUAAGAAUCCAAAGAUAAAGAGAGAAACAAAAAAUAUUACUACGGUAUAAACGAAGAGUUUCAGGGUAAGCAUUACACAAUCUCCAAAAGAUAAAAAAAAGAGAAUAGAUCUUCCGUUUUUAUACCACAUAUCCUAUUUUUACACCAAACACCAAGAGAUGAGGUUUUUCUAGGAAAAAGAUUGUCUUUUCAUAAAAAAAUUUGAUUUUGUGUGAGACCCUAAAUAGGGUUAGGGUCUUUCCUUGGAAAAAAGAUCAAAAAUGAGGAAAUGAGCAUAAGCCGGAUUUAUGCCGACUAUCCAAGAAUUUCAGUGUGCGAAUCGAGGGUUCACACUCUAAAAAUUAUCGGAUUUUAUCAAUUUUUCAAAUUUUUUCUCGCCGAAAUCAUGGAUUUUUUAGGAUAUUCUUAAGGAUCUUAUCGAAAGCUUACAGCAGCUUGCCAAACAAAAGCUAAGAGAAAAAAAAGUACAGGUAUGACUGGCAUAACAUCUACGAUUGGAUUCAAAAAAGCGUAGGCUUCGGGCAAUUUGCCGAAGAAAAAACCACUCGAAUGCGGAUAAAGGGCAGAAUUAAUACAAAUACAGAUCAAACUAAGAAUAUUAAGCAUAACAGGCGUUUUGUUCUUGGAGAUAAUUGCAUUUUAAUUGAGUUUUUGAUAUAAGGAAAAAGGAAGUAAGGUAGACAAAAAACCCUUCUUUUUCUUUGAACCCACUCAAUAAAAAAUUCUCCAAUUCUCAAAAGAGAAUAGAAGAAAUGAUACUUUCAUACAAUAUCUUAAUUGAAUUCUAUGUAAUGAUCAAGAAAUUUUGUUGAAUUCUAUAUCUAUAGAUAAACAUUGGUACUAAUAUUUAUCUAUAAAUAUAGAAAUUUUGGGACUGGAGUUGACAAAAAACCAAUACCAAUAUUAUUAUUUCUUGGUGUAGAUUCGAAAUUGAAAUGGGGCGUCGCCAAGUGGUAAGGCAACGGGUUUUGGUCCCGCUAUUCGGAGGUUCGAAUCCUUCCGUCCCAGCGUGGAUUGGAUCCUUUUUUUAUGCUUCAUUACUCCCUUAGAAAGAAGUAAGGGAGUAGAUAAGAGUUAAUUUAAAUACCAUAUUUCGUCUUUGACUAAUUGGAAAUCUAUGGAACGAUUGAGGUAUGGGUGAUUUUUCUUAUCCCCUUUUUUUUAUGACUUAUGACAAGAACCGAUUAUUGAAAUAUUACUCAAUCCCUUGUUAAACAAAAUACAUAUCAUGGAAUCCUCUAAAAUGAGGAAA